AUGAUCGUACCACGUCAAUCCCGUGCCCCGACCGGUACACACCCCUUGCCCGGGUCCCCCCUUCAUAGUCACACCCCCUGCCUCCUCAUGCCAUCCGCUCCCCCCCGCCCCCACCCUCCGCGUGCCCGCUCCCUUGCCGCCUCUUUUGACCCUCCCUGCCCCCCUCGCCGUUUCCCACCGCCCGCCAUUCGCUCCUCCCCGCCCGUGCGCUCCCCUCGUUUACCUUCUCCUCCCCCCUCCCCUCCUCUGCUGCACGCCUCUUCCUUCCCCUCGCCGACCCACUCCACUCCCUGCCCCUCCUCAAUCCGCACCCUGCCCCUCGUAUCUCGCCCCCCUAUGCUUGGUUUCUCCCCUCCCUGCCCCUCGCCGCCUUUCUCCGCUCCCCACCUCCCCCCUCUCCCUGCUCCCCCACUCUCCCCCCCUUGCCCUUGGCUUCCUACCUCCCUGCCCCACCUUUCCCCCCCUCCGUGUGCUCAGCUUCUCCCCUCCCUGCCCCUCCCUCCUCCCCGCCCUGCCCCCUCAUUUUCCGCCCCCCCACGCCCGGUUUCUCCCCUCCCCCGCGCCUCCCUUUCUUUCUCCGUGCCUCUCCUUUGCUCCCUCCCUGCCCCCGCCUGCCCCAUGCCCCUGUCUUUGGCUUCUCCCCUCCCUGCCCCACGUUUCUUCCCUCCCUGCCCCCCCUCUGCCCCUCCCUUGUUUUCCCCUCACCCAUUGCUUCUCCCCUCCCUGCCCUUGAUUUCCCGCACCCCUGCCCUUGUUUCCUACCAUCCAUGCCCCUCGUUUCCCCCCUUUGUACGUUCAGCCUCUUCCCUCCCUGCCCCUCCCCCUCCUCCCCCCCUGCCCUUUGCGUUCCCCUCGUUACGCUCCCUUCUCCCCAUCCCUGCUGCCCUCUUGCCACCAUCAGCCCAUCCGCACCACCAGCCCCCCUCCCACCCUUCUCUCCCCCCCUCCCUUUCCCUCUCUCUCUCUCUCUCUCUCUCUCUCUCUCUCUUUCUCACACACACACGCACACUCCCCUCCCCCACCCCCCCACCCACGUCCUCCCAUUCCGCCCCUCCCUGCCCCUUUCCCACCCCCUCGCACGCCCCUCACCUCCCACCUCCGUGCAACUGGUUUCCCCCCUAUGGUGCCUCCCUUGCAUCGCUCGCCCCGCUGCUCACCCUCUGCCCGCCCCUUUUCCGUGCCCUCAGCUGGCCCAGCCCCUGCCCGUUGCUGCCCCUACCCCUUGCCCCCUCAACUCCCCUGCCCCCCGUACACCCCAGUCCCAUCCAACCGCCCCCACCCUCCCCCGGCUUGCCCUUUCCGCUCUCCACCCCCGCGACCGUGUGCGGCUUCCAACCGCCCAACGGUGGUGCGCACGGGGCGUUUCUUCGCACGGGCAAGCCUCCCCGGGGGGCCCCCACCCCGCUGAGUCGUCACACCCCCUGCCUCCUCAUGCCAUCCGCUCCCCCCCGCCCCCACCCUCCGCGUGCCCGCUCCCUUGCCGCCUCUUUUGACCCUCCCUGCCCCCCUCGCCGUUUCCCACCGCCCGCCAUUCGCUCCUCCCCGCCCGUGCGCUCCCCUCGUUUACCUUCUCCUCCCCCCUCCCCUCCUCUGCUGCACGCCUCUUCCUUCCCCUCGCCGACCCACUCCACUCCCUGCCCCUCCUCAAUCCGCACCCUGCCCCUCGUAUCUCGCCCCCCUAUGCUUGGUUUCUCCCCUCCCUGCCCCUCGCCGCCUUUCUCCGCUCCCCACCUCCCCCCUCUCCCUGCUCCCCCACUCUCCCCCCCUUGCCCUUGGCUUCCUACCUCCCUGCCCCACCUUUCCCCCCUCCGUGUGCUCAGCUUCUCCCCUCCCUGCCCCUCCCUCCUCCCCGCCCUGCCCCUCAUUUUCCGCCCCCCCACGCCCGGUUUCUCCCCUCCCCGCGCCUCCCUUUCUUUCUCCGUGCCUCUCCUUUGCUCCCUCCCUGCCCCCGCCUGCCCAUGCCCCUGUCUUUGGCUUCUCCCCUCCCUGCCCCACGUUUCUUCCCUCCCUGCCCCCCCCUCUGCCCCUCCCUUGUUUUCCCCUCACCCAUUGCUUCUCCCCUCCCUGCCCUUGAUUUCCCGCACCCCUGCCCUUGUUUCCUACCAUCCAUGCCCCUCGUUUCCCCCCUUUGUACGUUCAGCCUCUUCCCUCCCUGCCCCUCCCCUCCUCCCCCCCUGCCCUUUGCGUUCCCCUCGCUACGCUCCCUUCUCCCCAUCCCUGCUGCCCUCUUGCCACCAUCAGCCCAUCCGCACCACCAGCCCCCCUCCCACCCUUCUCUCCCCCCCUCCCUUUCCCUCUCUCUCUCUCUCUCUCUCUCUCUCUUUCUCACACACACACGCACACUCCCCUCCCCCACCCCCCACCCACGUCCUCCCAUUCCGCCCCUCCCUGCCCCUUUCCCACCCCCUCGCACGCCCCUCACCUCCCACCUCCGUGCAACUGGUUUCCCCCCUAUGGUGCCUCCCUUGCAUCGCUCGCCCCUCUGCUCACCCUCUGCCCGCCCCUUUUCCGUGCCCUCAGCUGGCCCAGCCCCUGCCCGUUGCUGCCCCUCCCCUUGCCCCCUCAACUCCCCUGCCCCCCGUACACCCCAGUCCCAUCCAACCGCCCCCACCCUCCCCCGGCUGCCCGUUUCCGCUCUCCACCCCCGCGACCGUGUGCGGCUUCCAACCGCCCAACGGUGGUGCGCACGGGGCGUUUCUUCGCACGGGCAAGCCUCCCCGGGGGGCCCCCACCCCGCUGAGUCGUUUCACACCCCCUGCCUCCUCAUGCCAUCCGCUCCCCCCCGCCCCCACCCUCCGCGUGCCCGCUCCCUUGCCGCCUCUUUUGACCCUCCCUGCCCCCCUCGCCGUUUCCCACCGCCCGCCAUUCGCUCCUCCCCGCCCGUGCGCUCCCCUCGUUUACCUUCUCCUCCCCCCUCCCCUCCUCUGCUGCACGCCUCUUCCUUCCCCUCGCCGACCCACUCCACUCCCUGCCCCUCCUCAAUCCGCACCCUGCCCCUCCUUCUCCCCUCCCUGCCCCUCCCUCCUCCCCGCCCUGCCCUCAUUUUCCGCCCCCCCACGCCCGGUUUCUCCCCUCCCCGCGCCUCCCUUUCUUUCUCCGUGCCUCUCCUUUGCUCCCUCCCUGCCCCUGCCUGCCCAUGCCCCUGUCUUUGGCUUCUCCCCUCCCUGCCCCACGUUUCUUCCCUCCCUGCCCCCCCUCUGCCCCUCCCUUGUUUUCCCCUCACCCAUUGCUUCUCCCCUCCCUGCCCUUGAUUUCCCGCACCCCUGCCCUUGUUUCCUACCAUCCAUGCCCCUCGUUUCCCCCCUUUGUACGUUCAGCCUCUUCCCUCCCUGCCCCUCCCCUCCUCCCCCCCUGCCCUUUGCGUUCCCCUCGCUACGCUCCCUUCUCCCCAUCCCUGCUGCCCUCUUGCCACCAUCAGCCCAUGCGCACCACCAGCCCCCCUCCCACCCUUCUCUCCCCCCCUCCCUUUCCCUCUCUCUCUCUCUCUCUCUCUCUCUUUCUCACACACACACGCACACUCCCCUCCCCCACCCCCCACCCACGUCCUCCCAUUCUGCCCCUCCCUGCCCCUUUCCCACCCCCUCGCACGCCCCUCACCUCCCACCUCCGUGCAACUGGUUUCCCCCCUAUGGUGCCUCCCUUGCAUCGCUCGCCCCUCUGCUCACCCUCUGCCCGCCCCUUUUCCGUGCCCUCAGCUGGCCCAGCCCCUGCCCGUUGCUGCCCCUCCCCUUGCCCCCUCAACUCCCCUGCCCCCCGUACACCCCAGUCCCAUCCAACCGCCCCCACCCUCCCCCGGCUGCCCGUUUCCGCUCUCCACCCCCGCGACCGUUCACACCCCCUGCCCCCUCAUGCCAUCCACUCCCCCCCGCCCCCACCCUCCGCGUGCCCGCUCCCUUGCCGCCUCUUUUGACCCUCCCUGCCCCCCUCGCCGUUUCCCACCGCCCGCCAUUCGCUCCUCCCCGCCCGUGCGCUCCCCUCGUUUACCUUCUCCUCCCCCCUCCCCUCCUCUGCUGCACGCCUCUUCCUUCCCCUCGCCGACCCACUCCACUCCCUGCCCCUCCUCAAUCCGCACCCUGCCCCUCGUAUCUCGCCCCCCUAUGCUUGGUUUCUCCCCUCCCUGCCCCUCGCCGCCUUUCUCCGCUCCCCACCUCCCCCCUCUCCCUGCCCCCCCACUCUCCCCCCCUUGCCCUUGGCUUCCUACCUCCCUGCCCCACCUUUCCCCCCUCCGUGUGCUCAGCUUCUCCCCUCCCUGCCCCUCCCUCCUCCCCGCCCUGCCCCUCAUUUUCCGCCCCCCCCCGCCCGGUUUCUCCCCUCCCCGCGCCUCCCUUUCUUUCUCCGCGCCUCUCCUUUGCUCCCUCCCUGCCCCCGCCUGCCCAUGCCCCUGUCUUUGGCUUCUCCCCUCCCUGCCCCACGUUUCUUCCCUCCCUGCCCCCCCUCUGCCCCUCCCUUGUUUUCCCCUCACCCAUUGCUUCUCCCCUCCCUGCCCUUGAUUUCCCGCACCCCUGCCCUUGUUUCCUACCAUCCAUGCCCCUCGUUUCCCCCCUUUGUACGUUCAGCCUCUUCCCUCCCUGCCCCUCCCCUCCUCCCCCCCUGCCCUUUGCGUUCCCCUCGUUACGCUCCCUUCUCCCCAUCCCUGCUGCCCUCUUGCCACCAUCAGCCCAUCCGCACCACCAGCCCCCCUCCCACCCUUCUCUCCCCCCCUCCCUUUCCCUCUCUCUCUCUCUCUCUCUCUCUCUCUCUCUUUCUCACACACACACGCACACUCCCCUCCCCAACCCCCCCACCCACGUCCUCCCAUUCCGCCCCUCCCUGCCCCUUUCCCACCCCCUCGCACGCCCCUCACCUCCCACCUCCGUGCAACUGGUUUCCCCCCUAUGGUGCCUCCCUUGCAUCGCUCGCCCCUCUGCUCACCCUCUGCCCGCCCCUUUUCCGUGCCCUCAGCUGGCCCAGCCCCUGCCCGUUGCUGCCCCUCCCCUUGCCCCCUCAACUCCCCUGCCCCCCGUACACCCCAGUCCCAUCCAACCGCCCCCACCCUCCCCCGGCUGCCCGUUUCCGCUCUCCACCCCCGCGACCGUGUGCGGCUUCCAACCGCCCAACGGUGGUGCGCACGGGGCGUUUCUUCGCACGGGCAAGCCUCCCCGGGGGGCCCCCACCCCGCUGAGUCGUUGUUUGGGCAAAAAAACGAAAAUAAAAAAAAUCGGACGCGCUAAAAUCGUCCUUUCUUUUUCCCGCUUGCCCCUCCCCCGGCACGUGUCGAGCAAGGGGCAUAAAUGGUCACACCCCCUGCCCCCUCAUGCCAUCCACUCCCCCCGCCCCCACCCUCCGCGUGCCCGCUCCCUUGCCGCCUCUUUUGACCCUCCCUGCCCCCCCUCGCCGUUUCCCACCGCCCGCCAUUCGCUCCUCCCCGCCCGUGCGCUCCCCUCGUUUACCUUCUCCUCCCCCCCUCCCCUCCUCUGCUGCACGCCUCUUCCUUCCCCUCGCCGACCCACUCCACUCCCUGCCCCUCCUCAAUCCACACCCUGCCCCUCGUAUCUCGCCCCCCUAUGCUUGGUUUCUCCCCUCCCUGCCCCUCGCCGCCUUUCUCCGCUCCCCACCUCCCCCCUCUCCCUGCCCCCCCACUCUCCCCCCCUUGCCCUUGGCUUCCUACCUCCCUGCCCCACCUUUCCCCCCUCCGUGUGCUCAGCUUCUCCCCUCCCUGCCCCUCCCUCCUCCCCGCCCUGCCCCUCAUUUUCCGCCCCCCCACGCCCGGUUUCUACCCUCCCCGUGCCUCCCUUUCUUUCUCCGUGCCUCUCCUUUGCUCCCUCCCUGCCCCCGCCUGCCCAUGCCCCUGUCUUUGGCUUCUCCCCUCCCUGCCCCACGUUUCUUCUCUCCCUGCCCCCCCUCUGCCCCUCCCUUGUUUUCCCCUCACCCAUUGCUUCUCCCCUCCCUGCCCUUGAUUUCCCGCACCCCUGCCCUUGUUUCCUACCAUCCAUGCCCCUCGUUUCCCCCCUUUGUACGUUCAGCCUCUUCCCUCCCUGCCCCUCCCCUCCUCCCCCCCUGCCCUUUGCGUUCCCCUCGUUACGCUACCUUCUCCCCAUCCCUGCUGCCCUCUUGCCACCAUCAGCCCAUCCGCACCACCAGCCCCCCUCCCACCCUUCUCUCCCCCCCUCCCUUUCCCUCUCUCUCUCUCUCUCUCUCUCUCUCUUUCUCACACACACACGCACACUCCCCUCCCCCACCCCCCACCCACGUCCUCCCAUUCUGCCCCUCCCUGCCCCUUUCCCACCCCCUCGCACGCCCCUCACCUCCCACCUCCGUGCAACUGGUUUCCCCCCUAUGGUGCCUCCCUUGCAUCGCUCGCCCCUCUGCUCACCCUCUGCCCGCCCCUUUUCCGUGCCCUCAGCUGGCCCAGCCCCUGCCCGUUGCUGCCCCUCCCCUUGCCCCCUCAACUCCCCUGCCCCCCGUACACCCCAGUCCCAUCCAACCGCCCCCACCCUCCCCCGGCUGCCCGUUUCCGCUCUCCACCCCCGCGACCGUUCACACCCCCUGCCCCCUCAUGCCAUCCGCUCCCCCCGCCCCCACCCUCCGCGUGCCUGCUCCCUUGCCGCCUCUUUUGACCCUCCCUGCCCCCCUCGCCGUUUCCCACCGCCCGCCAUUCGCUCCUCCCCGCCCGUGCGCUCCCCUCGUUUACCUUCUCCUCCCCCCUCCCCUCCUCUGCUGCACGCCUCUUCCUUCCCCUCGCCGACCCACUCCACUCCCUGCCCCUCCUCAAUCCGCACCCUGCCCCUCGUAUCUCGCCCCCCUAUGCUUGGUUUCUCCCCUCCCUGCCCCUCGCCGCCUUUCUCCGCUCCCCACCUCCCCCCUCUCCCUGCCCCCCCACUCUCCCCCCCCUUGCCCUUGGCUUCCUACCUCCCUGCCCCACCUUUCCCCCCUCCGUGUGCUCAGCUUCUCCCCUCCCUGCCCCUCCCUCCUCCCCGCCCUGCCCCUCAUUUUCCGCCCCCCCACGCCCGGUUUCUCCCCUCCCCGCGCCUCCCUUUCCUUCUCCGUGCCUCUCCUUUGCUCCCUCCCUGCCCCCGCCUGCCCAUGCCCCUGUCUUUGGCUUCUCCCCUCCCUGCCCCACGUUUCUUCCCUCCCUGCCCCCCCUCUGCCCCUCCCUUGUUUUCCCCUCACCCAUUGCUUCUCCCCUCCCUGCCCUUGAUUUCCCGCACCCCUGCCCUUGUUUCCUACCAUCCAUGCCCCUCGUUUCCCCCCUUUGUACGUUCAGCCUCUUCCCUCCCUGCCCCUCCCCUCCUCCCCCCCUGCCCUUUGCGUUCCCCUCGUUACGCUCCCUUCUCCCCAUCCCUGCUGCCCUCUUGCCACCAUCAGCCCAUCCGCACCACCAGCCCCCCUCCCACCCUUCUCUCCCCCCCUCCCUUUCCCUCUCUCUCUCUCUCUCUCUCUCUCUCUCUCUCUCUCUCUUUCUCACACACACACGCACACUCCCCUCCCCAACCCCCCACCCACGUCCCUCCCAUUCCGCCCCUCCCUGCCCCUUUCCCACCCCCUCGCACGCCCCUCACCUCCCACCUCCGUGCAACUGGUUUCCCCCCUAUGGUGCCUCCCUUGCAUCGCUCGCCCCUCUGCUCACCCUCUGCCCGCCCCUUUUCCGUGCCCUCAGCUGGCCCAGCCCCUGCCCGUUGCUGCCCCUCCCCUUGCCCCCUCAACUCCCCUGCCCCCCGUACACCCCAGUCCCAUCCAACCGCCCCCACCCUCCCCCGGCUGCCCGUUUCCGCUCUCCACCCCCGCGACCGUAGUGCGGCUUCCAACCGCCCAACGGUGUCACACCCCCUGCCCCCUCAUGCCAUCCGCUCCCCCCGCCCCCACCCUCCGCGUGCCUGCUCCCUUGCCGCCUCUUUUGACCCUCCCUGCCCCCCUCGCCGUUUCCCACCGCCCGCCAUUCGCUCCUCCCCGCCCGUGCGCUCCCCUCGUUUACCUUCUCCUCCCCCCUCCCCUCCUCUGCUGCACGCCUCUUCCUUCCCCUCGCCGACCCACUCCACUCCCUGCCCCUCCUCAAUCCGCACCCUGCCCCUCGUAUCUCGCCCCCCUAUGCUUGGUUUCUCCCCUCCCUGCCCCUCGCCGCCUUUCUCCGCUCCCCACCUCCCCCCUCUCCCUGCCCCCCCACUCUCCCCCCCUUGCCCUUGGCUUCCUACCUCCCUGCCCCACCUUUCCCCCCUCCGUGUGCUCAGCUUCUCCCCUCCCUGCCCCUCCCUCCUCCCCGCCCUGCCCCUCAUUUUCCGCCCCCCCACGCCCGGUUUCUCCCCUCCCCGCGCCUCCCUUUCUUUCUCCGUGCCUCUCCUUUGCUCCCUCCCUGCCCCCGCCUGCCCAUGCCCCUGUCUUUGGCUUCUCCCCUCCCUGCCCCACGUUUCUUCUCCUCCCUGCCCCCGCUCUGGCCCUCCCUUGUUUUCCCCUCACCCAUUGCUUCUCCCCUCCCUGCCCUUGAUUUCCCGCACCCCUGCCCUUGUUUCCUACCAUCCAUGCCCCUCGUUUCCCCCCUUUGUACGUUCAGCCUCUUCCCUCCCUGCCCCUCCCCUCCUCCCCCCCUGCCCUUUGCGUUCCCCUCGUUACGCUCCCUUCUCCCCAUCCCUGCUGCCCUCUUGCCACCAUCAGCCCAUCCGCACCACCAGCCCCCCUCCCACCCUUCUCUCCCCCCCCUCCCUUUCCCUAUCUCUCUCUCUCUCUCUCUCUCUUUCUCACACACACACGCACACUCCCCUCCCCCACCCCCCACCCACGUCCUCCCAUUCCGCCCCUCCCUGCCCCUUUCCCACCCCCUCGCACGCCCCUCACCUCCCACCUCCGUGCAACUGGUUUCCCCCCUAUGGUGCCUCCCUUGCAUCGCUCGCCCCUCUGCUCACCCUCUGCCCGCCCCUUUUCCGUGCCCUCAGCUGGCCCAGCCCCUGCCCGUUGCUGCCCCUCCCCUUGCCCCCUCAACUCCCCUGCCCCCCGUACACCCCAGUCCCAUCCAACCGCCCCCACCCUCCCCCGGCUGCCCGUUUCCGCUCUCCACCCCCGCGACCGUGUGCGGCUUCCAACCGCCCAACGGUGGUGCGCACGGGGCGUUUCUUCGCACGGGCAAGCCUCCCCGGGGGGCCCCCACCCCGCUGA